ACUGUAACAGUCUCCCGAAGAAGAUACCGAGUCAGAGUUACUUUUGAACACAUGGCAGCAAGCUUCUGCCAAAAUGAAUGGAUCAGCUUAUUCCAACUUUGAUACAAAAGAGCACGUCUUGAUACUAGGAGAAAGCUUUGAGAGUCACCCAAAAUGCGCAUUCCACACUGUCAGAUAUGACUUCAAACCGGCAUCCAUCGAUACCGCUUGUGAAGGAGAUCUGGAGGUGGGCAAAGGUGAACAGGUGACGAUAACACUACCAAAUCUAGAGGGGUCGACUGCCCCAGUGACUGUGUUCAAGGGUUCCAAGAGGCCGUACCUGAAGGAGUGUAUCCUGAUUGUGAACCACGACACCGGAGAGUACCGGCUGGAGAAGCUCAGCAGUAACCUUGCUGUGAAGAAAACCAGGGCUGAAGGCAGCAGUAAAGUCCAGUCUCUGCUGGAGCAGCAGACCAGUCGGCUGAGCCAGCAGGCACGUGGCGGCGGCAGCAGCAGCAGCAAGACCCCUUCAGCCUCCAAGAGCUCCCCUCCGAAAGACAAGAUGUCUCCAGCCUCCCCCAUGGACGACAUUGAGAGAGAGCUGAUGGCAGAAGCCCGUGUUCUGUCCCAGAUGAGUAGUGGAGACAGCUCCUCUUCCUCCUCGAGCAGCGAGGACAGUUCCAGCAGCGACUCUGAGGAGGAGAGCCCCAAUCUCACCGGGCCUCCCUCCUUGCCAUGCCCUCUAUCAGCCGUGCCUGGCAUGAACAGCAGACCCGGAGAGGGCACUGGGCACCUAAUGAACACACUUAAAAAUGACUUGCAGCUGAGCGAGUCCAGUAGUGAAAGUGAUGAUGACUGAACCAGAUCGACCUUCGAAGAGCAGGGUCAUUGAAUCUACUCUGUUUUAUUAGCACAUCAGGACAAGACUCAAGUUUUUCAUUAUAUGAGAAUCCUUAGAAGUCUGUAAUGAUGUUUGUAUUUAUUUUUUGGACAGCCUACAUGUCCUCCACAGUGUUCUUAACAUAUCGGAGACAGAAGCCAGCGUCAUUGCUACCUGGAACUUACCUUUCUUGGGGUGCGGGGGGAGGAGAGUUCUGUUUAUUUUCAAUGAUUUAUAUUUAUCUUUUAAGGUUAUGUUUCCUGGUUACGCCUCUUAACAACGCUGAUACUUGAAUUUGUGUUUUGUUGUUUUCUUUUUUUGCUUCAAUUUAUCAAAAGUAAAUCAUUAAAAACAAAAUUCUGGAUUGUUUUUUUGUAUUGACUGGGAUGGAAGUUAAACUCCCAUGUCAUAGCAAUUUGAGCCUUUCCAGGUUUUACUAUGAGCUUGUAUAGACACAAUCAGGUUGUUACUAUACUGCUUUGGCAAAUAAAAGUUAAUAAAAUCUGCAGUAGAUUAAACUG